GCUAUUGCAAAGAGACAACUGAUAACCGAUAAGUCAAAGUGAUCACGAGUUCCACGCCAAACUCGAGCAGCAGCAGAACAUGGACAUGACAUUUCCCAAUGCAAACGUGGCUUUGUAGGGUACUUAGAAAGGACCCCAAAAGAAAUAAAAAGAUAAAAUAAAAUAAAAAAGCUCAAGCACCAAACUUUCUAUCUCUACCCUCUAUGCUUCAACUUAACUAAAAUCAGAACUCAAGAGAAAUACCAUUACUGAGAAGAAAAUCAAAAGGGACAAGGAAUUGAGUUGUUAAUGAUGAUAUCACAGUUCUUCGUGCUCUCUCAAAGAGGCGACAAUAUCAUCUUCCGUGACUAUCGUGGUGAGUUACCCAAAGGAAGCACUGAAAUUUUUUUCCGUAAAGUUAAGUUUUGGAAAGAAAAUGAAGGAGGGGACGCUCCACCUGUUUUUAAUGUGGAUGGUGUGAACUACUUUCAUGUGAAAGUUGCUGGCUUGCUAUUUGUUGCUACAACAAGAGUUAAUAUCUCACCUUCACUUGUUCUUGAAUUUCUUCAAAGAAAUGCACGUGUCAUCAAAGAUUACCUUGGUGUUCUAAAUGAAGAUUCACUCCGAAAAAACUUCGUUUUAGUGUAUGAGUUACUGGACGAAAUUAUUGAUUUUGGCUGUGUGCAAACAACAUCAACUGAGGUUCUCAAGUCCUAUGUAUUCAACGAGCCACUCAUGAUUGAAGCUGCACGUUUGCCAAGUCUUGGUCCUGCUGCCAUCUUUGCGAAAGGGGAUAAAAGAAUGCCUGUGACAGCUUUUACUAAAUCGGUUAUAGCCAAUCAGCCUCGUGGCAGAAAGAGAGAGGAAAUUUUUGUAGAUGUCAUCGAGAAAAUAAGUCUUACAUUCAGCUCUAGUGGAUACAUACUGACUUCUGAGAUUGAUGGCACCAUUCAGAUGAAAAGUUUUCUCACUGGCAACCCUGAGAUUAGGCUUGCCCUAAAUGAUGACCUAAGUCUAGGAAGAGAUGGAAGGUCAACCUAUGGUUACACUAGUUCAUCUGGAGCAGGGGCAGUGAUUCUGGAUAAUUGUAAUUUUCAUGAAUCAGUGCAUCUUGAUAGUUUUGACAAUGACAGAACUUUGACUCUGAUAGCACCAGAUGGCGAAUUUUCUGUCAUGAACUACCGCAUCACUGAGGAGUUUAGACCUCCCUUCCGUAUUAAUGCAUUAAUUGAAGAAGUGGGACAGCUUAAGGCUGAAGUUAUAGUCAAAGUGCGAGCUGAAUUUCCCUCUAGCAUCACUGCAAAUACUGUACUCAUAGAGGUGCCACUUCCAGCAUAUACUAGCAGGGUUACUUUUGAGUUGGAGCCUGGAGCAGUUGGAGUCACUACUGAUUUUAAGGAAUCAAGUAAGAAAAUUGAGUGGGGUUUGAAGAAGAUUGUUGGUGGAUCUGAGCAUACGGUACGUGCAAAGCUGACAUUUUCACAAGCAAUGCAUGGAAAUAUCACGAAGGAAGCUGGACCAGUUAACAUGACCUUUAUUAUUCCAAUGUACAAUGCCUCAGGACUUGAGGUCAAGUACUUGCAAAUAGAGAAGAAAGCAUCAACCUCUAACCCAUAUCGAUGGGUGAGAUAUGUCACAAAUUCAAAUUCCUAUGUUGCUCGAUUGUAAUUGCAGCCCUCACUUCAUCUGCUCCUACUCUUGUUUAUUUAUAGAAUUUUCCCACUUUUUAAACCCUUUUUUCUUUGGUAUUGGUCACUUUCACCUUUAUCAAAUGAAAAGAAAAAUAAAAAAGAAUCUCAAAGUAUUGUAAAUAUAUCUUAUUGUCUUGCUUCCUUUUA